AUGGAUGGGGUUCUCUAUGCCCCGAUUCUCAUCCUACUCAUCAUCGCUCAAUUUUCGGCACGCGCCGAUAGCGAUUUCCAUCCGAUCCUUGCAGCCCAGGUAGUCGAUGACGAUGGGCCUUCAAGAAAUCCCGAACCGGCCGUCAGGGUCCGCGUCCGUCCCCGGGCAAUACAUUACUUGAAUCAGGUAGCCUCGAACCUACUAGCCGAACAACUUCCUCGGCUUAUGAUCCCCAACAUUGAGCAUCGACUGCCCGCCGACCAGGGCGUCAUCAAGCUGUCCCGAAUCCGGAUGUCCAGGUUCAAGAGGGCCGAGGUGCACGACAUCUCCACGUCGGCGCCCGAUCGAAUCACGUGGCUCAUCAAGAAUAUGAAUAUUGGAUUAAUCGGCGACCUCGCCGGCAAUGUGAACAUCUUGGUGCCGUUUGACUUGACCGGCGAGGCCGAGGUCCUGGCCGAAGGGCUGUCUUUUCAGAUCGAGAAUAGCGUGCACCGGGAAAACAACGGAAGCGCGCGUGUAACCAGCCUCGCCUGCCACACAACCAUCCGUUCCGUCGAGGUCGUCAACCACAAUGGCGGGCUUUUCGGGUUGGCCGUCACGGUGUUUAAGCAAGGCAUCUCCGACAAUGUUCGCACCCUACUACAAGGCAUCAUUUGCAAGAAAAUCCGGAAAUACGUGGAUGAAGACCUGAAUUGGAAGCUGGCCGAGGUCCAAACAAAAUCCACACUUGCCGAUGCGAUAUCGGCCAACGCCAUUCGCGGGCUCUCCAUUCCGACCCCUGCCCUCCCCGAAGAGCUGUCGCUGGAGAAGUUCUUCGGGCCAACGUUUUCCCGGGAUUUCGUGAUUGACUAUACGUUGGCCGAAAAUCCUGUCUGCGGCGACAACGAGGUCGAGCUGUCUUCGGUUGGAGAGAUUUCAAAUAGCGGUCGCGGUGGGACACCAUUUCCGCCUCCGCCCCUGAACUGGCCGACGAUCCGCAACGACGAAUCGAUGAUGUGGGUGCUGGUGUCGGAUUAUGUGCCCAACAGCAUGCUCUACCAUGCCUACAAACAGCGGCUCAUCAAACUUCACAUCGACAAACACACACCCGGCGUCUCGACGUUCCUAAAAACCGAUUGCGGCGACUCAAUGUGCAUCGCCGACGUCAUCCCACAACUCUCCGAUAAAUACCCGAAAGCCAACAUCGAGCUUGUAUUUGCCGCUACCCGAGCCCCGGCCAUGCUUUUCAGCCAGAAAAAUCAAGGCGUAAUUUCGAUAAACAUUGGUGGGGUGAUUAUCCUCUACGUGGAGCUGGGCACGCAAAAGCGCCAGGAGGCCGUGUUCGACCUCGAGAUUGUAGCUGACACCUUGCUGAGCGUUAAGCAAAACAACGUCAGCGGUUCGGUACGGCUAACGCGAUUCGAGCUGCUGAAUCGCUUUGGGAACUUGGAGAUUACCAAUGCCGAACUGGCUGACAUCGCUUUGCUGGGCGGGCAGCUGAUCGAGAAUAUGGUCAACGAGAUGCUGAACAGCGGCGUGCCAAUCCCGAUUCCGAGUGUGCUCCACCUCGACAACAUCCGCAUCAACGUGCUCUCCCGUAAACUCCUAAUCAGAACCGAUUUUGGCAUCGAUGAGCGCCGGCUGAGCAGAAUAGCAGAAAAGACCCUGUUCGCCAGCUUUCCGUUCGGCAUGGAUCGGUCUCUGCGUUUCCACAGGCGGAGGUGG